AUGUUAUCAGUGUCAUGUUCAUCUUCCAUUCUUCACUUUCUUCCCGGUUCCGACCCUCCUUACAAGAUUCUAGAAGAACAUCCUUAUCUUAAACUCCUCGCAAAAUGCAAAAACAUCAACACCUUCAAGCAAAUUCACUCACUUGUCAUCAAAACCGGUCUCGACAACACCGUUUUCGUUCAAAGCAAACUCAUCCAAUUCUGCGCCGUUUCACCUUCCGGCGACCUCUCCUACGCUUUCUCCCUCUUCGCAGAAAACCAACAACAGCACAAACACAACCACUUCGUUUGGAACUCUCUCAUUCGUGGCCAUUCUUUGAGCUCUUCUCCCAUAUCCUCUUUGCACCUUUUUACUCGCAUGCUUUACUAUGGCCUUCAACCAAAUUCUCACACUUUGCCAUUCCUCUUCAAGUCUUGCGCCAAAUCAAAGGCUAUCUGUGAAGGUAAACAGCUCCACGCUCAUGCUUUGAAGUUGUCGCUUCAUUUUCAUCCACAUGUUCAUACUUCGCUCAUUCAUAUGUACGCUUCUGUUGGUGAAUUGGACCUUGCACGGUUGGUGUUUGAUAAGAGUUCUCUGAGAGAUGCGGUUUCUUUUACAGCUCUUAUUACUGGGUAUGUCUCUCAGGGUUAUGUGGAUGAUGGUAGAAGACUUUUUGAUGAAAUUCCCACCAAAGAUGUGGUGUCUUGGAAUGCUAUGAUUGCUGGGUAUGUUCAAAGUCGUCGUUUUGAAGAAGCUAUUGCAUGCUUUCAUGAGAUGCAGGAGGCAAAUGUCUCACCCAAUAAGAGUACAAUGGUGCGGUGA